AUGGGCAAAGGAGGCUGCAGAAGGCAAGCAACACCCACCAUAGAUAUGGAGCACCUGGAGGACCUCCUGAAGGACCAUGUGAGGAAGGUGGAGCACUCCCAGGCUUUUCAGUUUGGCAAGUAUCUGAGCAUCAGCAAGGCACAAGCUAUCAAUGCUGGAGCCCUACUAGCUCAGGAAGACUUCUUGUUGAAGUUGAUGGCAGUGAGUGAUGGGCUCCUUUUCAACUACAAGGAUUUGAAAGAAGGGUUCACCCAAGUGUGCAGAGCUUUCCCUGGCUUGAAGGAAAGCUUUGAUUUGGAGAUGAGGUCAACACUGGGUGGGAAGUUGGCUGAAUCAACCAUGACUAUGUGCACACACAUGCGAAGACUGAGAGUGCCCCAGAAGUUUCAAGAGGCUUGCAGUACCCUCAGUGACUGGCAAGUUGAAAAGCUGGAAGGGUUGAGGGCAGCAUUUGGUGUGGACACAGAUAAAGGGCCAAAUGGGAAAAGUGGUGCUUCAGGGUCAAAGGCAAAGAAGGAAGAAGAAUCAAGAGAAGAAGAUGAGGAAGGAAGCUGUGAGACCCAAGAUUUGUUAGAUUUGGAAGUCCCCAGAACUCCUGGAAAGGAUGGCCCCAGCUUGUUGGAUGCUGCCCUGCAGGUGUCACCUGUGCCUGCCAGGAAGCAGAACCUCAAAGCUGCCAUGGGCUUGAAGAAGCCUGCUGCAGCUGGGAGCAAGAAGCCUGCAGGCAAGAUUUUGAAGGAGAUCAACAAGAAGAGUAAGAUAGCAAAGGCAAAGGUGAACAAGGACAAGGUCAACUACAAGGAAGCUGAGAUGAGGCUCAUGCCUUAUAGGAAGACAACUGCUGUGGCAGUGGUGGCAAAGGGUGUUGGGCAGCUUUUCCAGGUGGUGACUUUCAAGAAUGUCGAGAAGAACAGCAAGGCUGCAAGGAAGCUCAUGGAGAUGCUGAAGAAGGGUAGCUCCUUAGCUGAUGUUUUGGCAGCCAAGGCUACUCAGGCCACCCAGCCUCAGGCCACUCAGGCCACCCAGCCUCAGGCUGCCCAGCCUCAGGCCACCCAGCAGGCUGCCCAGCCUGCCCAGCCUGCACAGGCUGCUGCCACUGAGCCAGGAAAAGGAAAAGGAGGCAAGAAGGAAGGCAGCACAGCAGAGGAGGAAGGAAGCAAGAAGAAGGACUUCAACCCCAGCCAGGGUGGGCUACAGAGCAAGGGCUACAGAGAGAUGCUGAGGCAGCUCCACCACCAGAAGGCACCUGAGAUGGCCUGGAAUGAAUUCCAGGAUCGGCUGGGAAUGGCAGCUAGUGAGAGGAUGGAGUUGGGAUGGCUGAAGGAGGACAGCCUGAGAGUACACCUGAGGAAGGCCUACCACAAGUAUGUGGAGGAGAAGCAGGGGAAGGGAAUGGCCUCUGCCUUUGACACCUUCCUGGAGGAGAUGAUCGACUACAUGGACAACCAGGUCCAGGAAGAAGAUGAAGCCAUGGGAACAGGACCCAGAGGAUACUUGGUAUGGGUUCCAGAGGAAGACAGUGAGGAGGAGAGCAAGGAAGCUGAGAAGGUGGCUGAGGAGCUCAUGCCCAAUGUGCCUGAGUAUAAAGAUGGGAGCCUGGACCCAUCUUUUUGGGAAGAGCACUGGAACCUCUUCAAGCAGUGUGGUGAGUGCAAGGAGUACACCUAUGUGAACAAGAACCACAUGCUGAGAGCGCCAGGAUGCAGAGGCUGCAUGAAAGCAGAAUGCAAUGGGAACAGAAAAAAUGGCAAGAAGAACCUGCUCAAGCUCCUGGCGAAGCACCAUGGCGAGUCAUGGGUGAUGCAGUACUGCAAGUAG